AUGCAGACCGUAUUGACACACCUCAGCGACGAGCCGAAGCUCUUUCCAGGCUGUUGCAGCAACCUUUCGAAACCGUUGGUUGAAACACUGUCGUCGAGCAUACCCAAGAACUCUCUGGUCUUCUCAGUCGGAGCUGGGAGCGGGCUACUUGAACGCCUCAUGCUGGAGCAUGGUGUCAACAUUCGGGCAGUCGAGGUGAUGUCAUGUGCAAAUCUUUUCUUCCCAGAAGAGCGGAUGGUAAGGGUGCCUACGCCUACAUCACUUCAUCCUGAUGCGGUGGAGGCAGAUGUGCUGCUCUUCUGCUAUCCUCGCUCCAGAGACCUAGUCGAGAAGUACCUCAAAGCCCCGGGCGCCAUGCAGCAAGCCAUAUUCAUUUCACACAGAGAUGAGUGGCAUGGAGAGCGUGGUUACCACAACUUACUUCGAACCUACUUCGCCUCUGUCCGUGAAAUAACCCUCUCCAAGGGUAGUCUUCCGGUGCUGGCAGCAUACGAAGCUCUGUGUGUAGCGUCUUCGCCGGUCGGCCGCUGA